AUGCAAAGGGCCAUUAGUUCUGGAGUGUUUAAAAAUCUAGCUCUGGGUCUUGGAGUUACUAGUGUUGGAGGAUUCUUGUAUGCUCUUGAAAAUUCUAUUCAAGCAGGUGAACAUGUAUCUCAUCCAACUAAAUUACCCUGGCCUCAUGCUGGACUUUUUGAUUCAUUUGAUUAUGCUUCAGUUCGUCGUGGACAAUUUGUUGAUACAUUUAUGACAUUAGAUGAAGUUAAGGCUGAAGCAGCUGAAGCUAGUAUUCCAGACACAAAUGACAAAGGACAGCCAAUUGUAAGACCAGGAACAAUAAAUGAUGUUCUUCCAAGUCCAUAUCCUAAUAAAAAAGCUGCUGCUGCUGCUAAUAAUGGUGCUAUUCCACCAGAUCUUUCAUUGAUGGCCAUGGCUCGUCAUGGAGGUGAUGAUUAUCUUUUCGCCUUGUUAACUGGUUAUUUCGAUGCACCAGCUGGUAUAAAAGUUGAUGAAGGAAAAGCUUAUAAUCCAUAUUUCCCUGGAGGAGUUAUUUCUAUGCCACAACAAUUAUUCGAUGAAGGUAUUGAAUACAAAGAUGGAACAUUUGCUUCACAAUCACAACAAGCUAAGGAUGUUAGUACUUUCUUACACUGGACAUCAGAACCUUUCCACGAUAAAAGAAAACAAUAUGCUCUUAAGGUUUUGGCUAUUGCCCCAAUUCUCGCCUUAGUUCUUGUUUAUGCUAAACGUCAUUCAUGGACGAUUAUCAAAUCACAAAAAUAUGCUUGGCGUUCAGUAAAGGGAAGAGAACCACCAAAAUCAAAGUAA